CCGACUCCCCGACCCUACCUUAUGGACUCCAGCAGCAGUGACAACGAAGAGUCCUCUUCGCCUCUCCUAACUCAACAACAUCCUCCUGAUGAAGAAGACUUUGAUGAAGAAGAUACGUUUGCAGUCCUCGCGCGGGCGACGCCGGCUCCCGAUUCCGUCCCAUGGCAACAGAGAAGCACGAAGAUGAAGAUCGUGUACGUGGCUGACAGGAUAUUUCUGACGUGUCUUGCCGUCUUCUUGCUGGUGUUAGCAGGGGAAGUGGCGUACGUGGUGUACCACGCCGUGCCGUGGGUAGCCAUGGCCAGGUGGCUGAUGGACUGGCUGCUGAUGCAGGAAGAGAUGGAGGAAGAGCUGGAUCUGUGACUGUGAGACUGUCGUUCCACGGGACGCAGCACAGCAAAUGGACAAGUGUGAGGACAUCUCCAUCAACGUCUUCUGCAUCCACCAGACAGCUACCGGUCGUGUAUUCAGAACCAAACA